UAUCGCGAAUCGCCGAGCUACUUCGAUGACCCGCUUACGCCACGCCGAAUCGCAAUCGACAGACUGACUGUGAGCAUUGAAGUGAUGGAUCCGCGACAGCUCCUGAAUCCGAAGGCCUUUGCCAAAGAAAAGGCAAAGGCCGCGAAAAAGACGCCUAAUCAUGGCCCGCAGCAGACUCGCAAGCCGACGAAUGCCUCGGACCAAGGGCCACAAGUCCCGCAGGCGUCCUACAAUCCACUGGCACUCCUGAAUCCAAAAGCCGCCAUGGCCAAGACAGUACCUCCUGGCGAAACCGCGCAAGCUCGAGCGGCAGACGCUAACGACACUGAGGUCAACAUGGCGCGCAUGAUCGAGAACCUCAACGGCGUCCAGGAGCGUGAUGAUGCUCCGAUCAAGAAGCGCAAGACUCUUGCCGCGGAAGACGAUGAAGAAGAGCGCAAGAAGGCGAAGAUUCACUCGACUCAGAUUGGUAAAGGCGGCACGAUCAGUGAGCACCUUAAGAAGGAGCGUCAGAACAUCGCUGCCGAUCAGUCUACCGACAACAAUGCGAUCGAUCUUACCAAAGACGAUGAUGAAGUAGUUGAGCAGGGAUCUCGGCAAAUCACAACUUCGAAGGCCGAGGAAGACGAAGAGGUCUGCCUUGGGAUGUUGGACACCAAUUGCAAUGUUUUUCGCGUCCCUAGCGCAUCCAAAGCAGCAAUGAACAGCGUCCCGAAAAGCAGCUGGCCACUGAUUCGAGUCACAUACCGAAAGGAGAGCGGCCCCGGAAACAUCAUUGAUCUGUACGACCACGCGAACGCAAAAUUCGGCAACUUGGAUCUCAAAGCAGGCUCGGCCUUAGGCCCGCUGAUCGAGGGUCACUCAGUCAACAAGAUGCGAUUGAAGAUGAUCUUGCUCAGUCGAAAUCGACGAAAUGAGUCGCCCGGUAUGAAAGUGUCUCAAUCGCUGAAGAUGGUCGUCACCGUAUUCACACCUCGUAAGCUGUCGAAGAGAGUUGGCAUGUGGCUCUCGCAGAGGCAGCUCUUCCUCCGCACGCCAACUCAAUGGCAAGGCAGGCCAGUCGAGAACCCUCAUGAUGCCCGCCCGCUUUACACCCCAGCUGCCAACAACAACUCGACCCAGAGGCAGCAAGGCCCAGCAAGUGGGCACCACGUCCAGCGUACUGCUGAAGAGAUGCGGCGCGAAGCAGAUUCGAUGUUCGACAAACUAGCAAAGGAGGAGGAUCUGCCAGAAAUGGAGAGUAACACGGAUAUUAUCAAGACUUCUUUGAUGCCUCACCAGAAGCAAGCGCUCAACUUUUUGCUUACCCACGAGCGCGAUGACUAUGAAGGCGACGAAAUUCCUAGUCACUCACUCUGGAAGUAUCGACCAAAGGACAACGGAAAGCCUGCAUGGUACCAUGUCAUUACUGGCCUAGAGGUACACGAGAAACCAGCACCAAUUCAAGGUGGUAUUUUGGCCGACUCGAUGGGUCUCGGCAAGACUUUGAGUAUACUGUCACUCAUCGCAGCGACGAAACAAGCUGCAUCCCGUUUCCGGCAGGAACGACCCAACGAGGCGGACGAUCUGGACCGCAACGGCCGUGCCACUCUCAUCGUUUGCCCAAAGUCUGUGCUCUCCAAUUGGCAAGAGCAGAUUGCGACACACACUGUCGCUGGUAGCAUGAAUUUUUACGUCUAUCAUGGAACGAAUCGUAUGCAAGACACGAGCAAGUUGGCCAAGUACGACAUCGUGCUCACGUCCUAUAACACAGCCGCUUCAGAGUUCAGUGAUGGUAAUCGAACCAAGAAAGCUCUGAGCAGGAUCAAUUGGUUCCGUGUUGUGCUUGAUGAAGGCCAUCAGAUUCGUACGCAGACCACAAAAGUUUCGAAGGCCUGCUGUGCUCUUUAUGCGCAGCGGCGAUGGGCAGUCACGGGCACGCCUGUGCAGAACUCGCUCUACGAUCUUGGUGCCUUGAUCAAGUUCCUGCGUAUUCAUCCACUGGACCAUCCACAGACAUGGACACAAUACAUCAUGUCGCCCUUCAAGAACGGUGACACCAAUGUGAUCCAACAGCUUCAACUCCUGGUUGGAAGCAUCACUCUGCGUCGUGGCAAGCAGACAAUUGGCCUACUGGACCGCACAGAAGAGAUCACCCGGCUCGAAUUCACCGAGGCUGAGCGACACUUGUACAAACAAUUUGCAACCACUUGCCGUACCCAUUUCCAUAAUAUCACUGGUGGUGGUAACCAGCUGCGUGGCAAGGCCUACGCGCAUGUCCUGAAAUCUAUCGGCCGUUUGCGUGCGAUUUGCGCCCACGGCCGAGAGAUGUUGACCGAAGAGGACAUGAAGGAAAUCGAAGGCGACGAUCCGAGUAACGCCAUUAUCCUUGACAUUGGAGACGAGCCUGAACUUGCAGAUGAGAACGACUUCACUCCUGAUAGUCAAGCCUAUGGACUGCUCAAGGUUAUGCAAGACAGUGAAGUAGACACUUGUGCUUCAUGUGCUACCAAGCUCGGCAAGCAGGAGUCACCGGAGGGAGUCGUUGAUCUCACAAAAGAAGACAGCGAAGCAAGCUAUCAGGCUACUCCAGAGCCAGUCGCCGAGCUGGACGAGGAAGAAAAUCUUCUGGGGUAUCUGACGAGAUGUUUCCAUCUGAUCUGUCCCAAGUGCGCGCCAGAACAUGUCGAGGAGUGCACGAAGAGCAUGAAUGCUGAUCGUUGGCACAAGUGUCCAUACGACGAAGCUUACCAGCCAAUGGGUAUGAAGCCACUCUUCCGCCGCGGACUGGAGCAGCAUUUGGACGAGAAAAACCGGACUGAGAAUCAGGCGAUGGGUGCGAAGUGGGAUGCAGACAGCUACGGCGGCCCACAUACCAAGGUCCAAGCACUUCUUGCCGACCUCGAAGAGUCUGCCGCCGAGACGCGUGCCCUGCCAGAAGGCGAACCUCCGAUCAGAUCUGUAGUCUUCAGCGGCUGGACUUCUUACCUGGACCUCAUCGAGUAUGCCCUCGAUCGCCAGGGUAUUCGCUACGCACGUCUGGACGGUUCCAUGUCAAUCAAACAGCGUACAGCUGCAAUGGAACAAUUCAAGACUGACGAGAACUGCGUGGUCAUGCUGGUCUCCAUCAAAGCAGGUGGACAAGGUCUCAACUUCACAGCUGCGAACAAGUGUUACGUGAUGGAACCCCAAUUCAAUCCCGGCGUGGAGCAACAGGCCGUCGACCGUGUCCAUCGUCUGGGCCAAACACGUGCCGUCUUCAUCAAGCACUUCAUCAUGAAUGAUUCAAUUGAGGAGGGUAUUCUGAAGCUGCAGAGAAAGAAAGAGGCUUUGGCUCAGAUUUCGAUGGACAAGAAGAAGAGUAAGCAGGAAGAGAACAAGGCUCGCAUGGACGAUCUGAGGGAGCUUUUCAAGUAAAGCAGGGGCGAAUGCAAUUGCGAGAAUGACGUGAAAAGUUGUCGCAGAAAGAAACGCUUUCACAUCACGGCUACAGAUAGCCACCACGACGUUCAGGGUCGUUUGGUAGUUGUCUUUACGAUACCCACGCCAGAGCCGAGUGCCUGGCUAGACCGCAGCUUUUGCGAGGCACAGCGGCCAUUAGCAUAGACAGGACAGGAGAUAAUAGAACAUGAAAUGCGCG